AUGCGUCACUGGUCCGAGAGGAUGAGCCCCAACUUCGGAAUGGGUCGUCCCAAUAUGCCCAUGAAUGGCCUCAACCCGCACCCCAAAAACGCUGCCCAGUCCGCUGGUCCCAUCAACUCACCACAAGCCGCCGAUGCCACCAUCCACUACUCGUUCAACGUGCCAUUCGCCUCCGACCUCGCGGGCCCAAACACCGAGGACAUUGUCCAUGCCACCACCGACGCAGUCCUCCGGUGGACGCACCCUGCCGAUGCUCCUGACGAUGUACAAGUUCACGAGUUGCCAGUUCAUGCUCAAAAUCUGGCCAAUCUCGGACGACUCUGCCGGGACCUGUCUGUUGGACCACUGCCCAUUGAAGCCCAUGUAGUCUCUUCUUCUCCCAAGAAUGGAAGGGGCCAGGUCACGACGGUUUGCCUGUCCGGCUCCCCCGAGCUGGUUCAUAAGAGCCGAGAGACCAUCUUGAAUGAGAUUCCCAUCUCUAUGCGUUGCACGACAAUCGACAUUGACGGGAGCCUCGUUUGUGAUCUCAAUGCUGGGGUCCUCAAGAAACCUGUAGUGGAAACACUCGAUUAUAUCUCCACCUUCUGUGGCGUUGAUAUUUUCUUGCUAGGACCCAAGCUGACUCCGAUGGUCGAUGGCAUGACCGGUGAUUCGGAGUUGCGAAUGGACCAACGAUGGAGAGUUGCCAUUUAUGGUGAUAUACUUUCAUCCGAGCACGCUAAAGCUCGUGUCUUGAUCCACAUUGACACUCUGCUUGGCCGUGUUGUCGAUGCCACUAGAAUCGAACUGUCCUUCCAUCAGCUGGUAUGUGGCCGCCAUCGAAAGAACAUCAAGUUGAUCGAGUCGUCGACCGGGACCGCUAUUUACUUCCCACCCUUGUUCUCGCAAAUGUACCGGUAUUGCCCUCAGAAUGCUACUCGUCGUGACCCUACCGACAUUUUCAUUACUGGUGACACACCUCAAGCAAUUGAGCUUGCAAAGCAAAAGUUGCAUGAGACUGUCUCUCGGAUUCGUGUUUAUGUCAAGGAUGUCACCAUUCCUGCUGCCAAGAUUGAUAGCAUCCUUCUCGGUCGUCUUGACAAGGUGCGGAAAAUUCUCGAAACGAAUGGGACAUACAUCAUGUUUCCACCUCUGGCUUGCCAACGAACGAUGGUCCGCGUUCAGGGAAGCGAGGGCUUACCCGUUGAACGUACGGUUCGAGAGCUCAUGUCUUUGGCUGGCCAAUUUUAUGGCGCUGGAUGGUACAUGCAGCAGCCUGAGGCAAGGCAGCUACCCGCACCGGCUGAUAUUCGCACGAUGUUAUCAGAUAUCUGCGCCAAUGCCGAAGCUGAUCUUUCUUAUGACAAGAUGAGCUUUACCGUUACAGGAUCAGAUGAUGCAGUCAAGUCGGCAUUGACUGUCAUUUCGGAACUGAAGUUUGUCACGCAGUGUCAGUAUCAAAUCCGUGUCAAGAUUGAGCUUGCCAAUGAGCACAAGGAGUUUGUGAGUGGCAAGAAAAAUGGCAAAAUCAACAAGAUCAUGGGACAGAGCAACGUGCAAAUCAUCUUCGAUGGAUUCAACGAAUACAAUUUCAACAUUGACGUCAUGGCUGCCAGCUACGAUUCGAUGAAGCAAGGCCUGACCCUGGUUGAACAAGAAAUGCCUGCCUCUAUUUCGUUCCAUGUACCAGAUCAAUACCACAAGCGAAUCAUAGGUAUUGGCGGUCAACACAUCCAACGCAUUAUGAAGAAGCACUCUGUCUUCGUCAAGUUCUCCAACGCCAUGGACAGAGGUGGUAUGGGACGUGAGGAUGACGACAUCAAGGUUGACAAUGUCAUUUGCCGUACCCCUGCUCGGAAUGCCCAGAAUCUGGAUGCCGUUAAGAAUGAGAUUUUGGAAAUGGUGGACCGUGCUGACUCCGAGUACACCACCCAAGUUGCUAGCGUGGAUCGUCUUUAUCACCGUGAACUGAUUGCCCGCCUCCCAGAGAUCGAUGAGCUGGAGCAAAAAUACAAUUGCAAGAUCAAUUUCCCCAGCACUGAAGAAGCAAGUGACGAAGUUACUGUCACAGGUCCACAGUGGCAGGUUCCUCACUGUGUCGACGAAUUAUUGGGCAUGGUCCCCGACAAGCAUGAAUUGGUAAUGGCACGCACCGCCGAGUUGGUCAAGUUCUUGGAGUCGCCAAAGUUCGCCACCGAGCUGAUUUCGAAACUCAAGGCCCAGUACGAAGUAGAAGUUACCGUUCAUCAGAACCCUGACGAACUUACUGACGAUGGGUCCCCAACUGUUACUCUGGUCUGGGGCUUCACCCGCAACAAUGCGGGCGGUCUCCGCGAUGCCAUCGAUUUUCUAGAGGCUCAAAUGGCUGCCGCCACUGUCGAAGCGAAUGUUGUCAAGGGAUCUAUACCAAGGCCAAAGUCUGAUUCGUUCGAAGACUCUCUGCAGUACUUCGACUCGAAGCUUCUGCAACAUGCACCCGCUUCAUCUUCAACGGACUCUCCUGUCAAGACCGGUUUUGGCGCCGAAGUCGCCCGUGAACGAAGCAGCAUCCUUGACCGACUUCGCAAGCCCGGCAGCAUGACAUCCAUCUCCUCUUUCCUUGACCGCAGAAAGAAUAGCUCUCACUCGAUGAAUAGCAACUUCUUCAAGGGAUCCAGCAAUGUUUCCAAGUCGUCAUUGAUCUCGAUUGAGUCCACCCGAAGCUUCAAUGCUGACCGCAAUCCUUGGAACGAUAGCGGAGUCAACUUGCCAGAGGAUGAGAAUCCUUGGGCACCACGACCAUUCAGCAAACACAUGGACAGCAAGCUGGCCAUUCCUCUUCCCGGCGAUGCCACACCUCGCCACAACGCCCGCGCGUCUGGAGACAGCGGUCGUCCAUCUACUUCUCACUCCAUGAAUUCAGGAUACCCCGGCCCCAUUGGGCCCUUCCGUUAG